UGUAUUAGAACUUCCGGGAUAACAAAAACGCCGUCUCCUUUUUUCAUUUUCAACAUAAAGACAACGGCGAUUGUGAUAACAGCAAUGACAUACCUUGGUAACUACACAUGAAGUGGAAAAUGUUAUUUAAACUGGGCCUCUCUGUAGUGGUCAUCGUGGCAGUGUACCUGUUCUUCGCUCUCCAAAAUGAAAAUAACAGCAACAAGGAACCCCAAGUGAUCCCAGACCACCAGACUGGUCAACAAGAGACCUCAGACCACCAGACUGGUCAACAAGAGAUCAAGAGUGACCCUUUACACUUAAGCAAAGAACCUGACAGUCAAGGUCAUGUUGUCAAUACUGAUGAUAAAUCAUACAGGAGUGAGGCAUGGAGAAAUGGAAUACAUCUGUCUUUAGUUGCAUGUGGAGACCGUGAUAAGGAAUCCAUUAUCCUCCUGAAGUCUGCUGUCCUCUUUACAAAAACACCGCUUGUCUUCCACAUAUUUGCUGAAUUACAACUGCAGGAUUACUUUAAAAGACAGAUAGAGUUUUGGCCAGACGAGUACAGGACAAAGGUGGAGUACCACAUCUAUAACCUCAGUUUCCCAGCAGAUGAGUGGAAAAAACUUUUCAAACCAUGCGCAUCACAACGACUUUUCCUACCUAGUCUGUUGCCAGACGUAGAUGCGUUGCUAUAUGUCGACACUGACAUCCUGUUCGUCCGACCUCUGGAGGAUAUCUGGGCUUUCCUGAAGAAGUUUAACAGUACACAGCUCGUAGCUCUGUCCCCGGAACAUGAAGAUAGCCAGUCAAGCUGGUACCAUCGAUUUGCCAGACAUCCCUUUUAUGGAGAACUAGGUGUGAACUCAGGAGUGAUGCUGAUGAACCUGACACGGAUACGUCAAUCCCAGUGGCUGAGGUCUCUAAAGGAGUAUUACAAGGAGUACAAACUCAAAAUCACCUGGGGAGACCAGGACCUCAUCAACAUCUACUUUUACUACUAUCCUGAACAGCUAUAUGUUUACCCGUGUGAGUGGAAUUAUCGGCCUGAUCACUGCAUGUACAUGAGCGUGUGCAAAGGUGGCGACAGAGACGGGGCUAGUGUUCUCCACGGCAACAGACGGGUGAUGCACAACGAUAAACAACCAGCCUUCAAAGCCACCUACGACACUUUUGUCAGGCACCAGUUUGGCUCGGAUCUAAAAUAUGAAAUGCUUGUGGCCCUGAAGAGAGAGUUGGAGAAAACAAAGCAUACAUCAUGUGGAAAAGUGCCUCACAUAUUCUACAGACAGAUAGAAAAAUAUACAGACUCGUUAGAUAUAUACAAAAAUACAGACAACCAUUAUGGAUGAGGUUAAUAGGGUCUACAGUAUUGUAAUUCUAUGGCAAUUGUAACAGUUCAUUCCAAGGAUAGGGACCAAUGGCUCGUUAUCAUGAGUUGUAGCAGGGCUCACAUCAAGGAAGAAUUCUGUGUCACCAAUUGGUUUAGCUAUGAAAGUUUUGUGUUGCCAAUUGUGUUUGCGCACACAAGUAUUUUUGUAUUCUGUUGUUAGCAGAAUGUUUAAAUGCAAGCUCGGAUCAUACCGAAAACACUUUAGUAGGUUGAGUAAUAAAUAUGUUAUCUGUCUGAGGUCCACAAUGAACUCUUUGUUGUGUAUGGAUUCUAGAUAAAAUUCUUUUUCUGAAGUAUAUAAGAUAAUUGUCUAGUGACAGAUCUUCUAACUAUUUAAACCUUACUUUUGAUGAACUGAAAGUAAAAUUAUAACGUAUAACAACAUUUUGUCUCAGAUUACCGCAUACUGCCAAAUUACAAAAUAUUCAAUCAUUUAAGAUUGACACAACCGUCUUGCAUUACUCUGCUUAACUCAAACUGUGUGGUGACCUAUGAAGCAAGCCACCCUUAUGCCUGUCUAGAAGUGUCUCAUAUAACAUUGAGACACAAGAUCUACUGAGGGACUAUUCUGAUAACAAGUUCUUCUGUCAUAUGUAGACAGGAUUUGAUGAGCCAGAAUGUGCAAUAAUUGAAUAUCAAAACGGUGUUAAACACUGACGAUUGACUAGCUUACUGAUGAGGUUAGGUGAAUGUAAUGUCGAUCAGGCUAUAGUCACAGACAGAUAUGUGAUAUUAGAAGAAUGUAAUGAUAAUCAGACUAUAGUCACAGACAGAUCUGUGAUAUUAGAAGAUUGUAAUGUCGAUCAGGCUAUAGUCACAGACAGAUCUGUGAUAU